AUGUCAUAUUCACAAGUUCAUUUUAGUGAUAUGUAAUCAACCUUCAUUAGCAACUAUAUGGAGAUGGAGGAGCCAGUCUAGGAGAAGGAAUAGUAACUGAAUUGGUGCUAACGUACCUUUGGUCCUCUGAAAAAGGGGGGAAUAAGAAUGAGUAUUAUCAGUUUGUUGGCUCCGUGUUUGGGUGUUGGUAUGUUGGGUUUGCCAUAUAGAGCAAAGGAAUAAGGACUCAUAACUGAAUUGCUGUUGAUUGCACUUUGUGGAAUAAUCUCAUGUGUAUCGAUGCAUAUUUUAAGUUGGAGUGCAGGUGAUUUGCAAUGUUCAUCAUUUAGUGAACUAAUUCAGAUGAGUUUGGGGAACAAGAUGAAGAGAUUAUUUGAAAUAUUAACUAUCUGUUAUUGUCUAUUGGGAAUUACAUAACUCUAGAUCUCUUUUCAAUUAUUUAUAUAUGAACUUUUCAGAUAUUUUGAGAUUGCUGUUGAUCAAAGAGAAUUGGCAAUAAUAGUCCAAUUGAUAUUCAUAAUACCGAACCUUUUGAUAUCUUUUCAGAAGACUCUAUUCAAAUUAAGAUACUUCUCGUUGGUAGGCGUAAUAUCUGUGAUAUACAUAACCUUCCUUACCUCACUUGAUUACUUUGUUAGAGGUUCAUACAGUGAUGAUAUUAAAAUCAAAUUGAUAGACGUGGAUUUCAAGAUAUUCACUACUUUUGCAAUGACAUUCUUCUGUUACAUAUGUCAUCUGUUUAUAUUCCCAAUAAGAAAGGAAUUGCAUAACCCAACAAUCUCUCGUUAGUCCAAAAUAUGGAAAAGACAAACUCUAAUUUGUUAUAUAGUUUAUUCGAUAAUUUGCAUAUGUGGCUACUUAAGAUUUGGGGAUGACACAAAAGCAUGGGUUAUCAAUAAUUAUCAUGGAGAUCUCUUUUUUAUGGGUAAGUUGGGAAUGUCUUUUGCUUUAUUCUUCGCGGUCCCUUUGAACAUUUUGGCAUGCAGAUAAAUUAUACAUGAUAUGUUGCUAUCAGAUGAAAUGGAAUACCAAAUCAAACAUAAGAGUCUGAGGAUUUAAGCCCAAGAUGGGAAGAUUACUUUUGAAGUUGAUAGUGUUGAUUCUUUCAGAUCCAAGAUUCAUAUCUACUCAACCUUGUUACUGCAAUUUGGUAGUGCUAUUCUUGCUCUGAUUUUACCCAAUAUCAAUCGCUAUGUCACAGUGUUAGGAGGACUCUUGGGUACAACUAUGGUUUGUCUUAUUCCUGUUCUGAUCUACUUAAGGGAAUAUAGGGAUAAGUUGAAUUACUACAUAGUCAUUUUAGAAAUCACAGGAGUUGUGUUUGGUUGGAUUGGAGCUGUUUAUGGUUAAUUUUGAUAGGAAAUAGUUUUAUACAAUUUUUCAUCGCUUAUCAUCGUAAAAUUAUUCAUUUAA